GGAGGAGGAGGAGGCAGAGGGGGAGGAGAAGGAGCCGCCGCACAGAACGUAUCUUUUGUGAUCUCCCAAAAGUGCUGCCAUUAGACAAUGGAAGUGGAAGGCUUGGCAACGAAUGCAAAUGAAGAGUUAAAUUUUGAUUCCCCCUCUCCUUUUGUUUUAAAGCCCAGGCUGAAGUUUUCUUCUUUGGCUUCAAGAAGGGCACAAGCUGAAAAUGGACGCAGCACCGGCCGACUCCAGCGACUGUGCAGGUCCAUCAAGCAAGCGGAGCAGGACACGGGAAGCUUCUGCCGAAGUGCACAAAAGAACAGUUGUACACCAACUGUUUGACGCCAGCACCUCCGUCAUGUACACCAUCCACGAGACUGCUGACGAAGAGAGCUGUAAAACCACCAACGGGACGUCCGGCUUGAGUAGUGUGAGCGAGAGCUGCGCCCUGACCACCAAUGUCCCCUCCCCGAAUAACUGCCCACCAUCUUCAAAGAGCAGGCAGCCAACGGGUACGGCCAGUGUGAUCAACCGCACACCAGUCGGACUGAGUGAUCAGCUGUGUGGAGCGAACAGAGUCUGUGGAGUGAAUCAGUUGCAUAACAAGAAAAUUCAGACCACGAUCAAACCCAAAGUCAGAACAGUUGGUAUUCAAGUGGCAUUUGGAGAGAAAAAGCUGCUUGCUUCUCAAGAGACUCAAACUGAUUGGACUUUCCAGCCAUCAUUCCCAGUGCAGGAUUACUCCUGUUCUGUGAAAACUGAAAUCAUUGAUGCUGUUUAGCUUUGUUAGCAUCUCAGACUUGUUAAUGAACAGAUACUUUUCCCAGAGUUCCCAAUAGUUUGUACGUUUUACUCUUUUGUCCUAAUGCACAAAAGAACCCCAAUAGCUGUAUGAACUUCAGGUACACCCUGCCUGGAAGAAGAUCAGCUUGUGUACCCCAGAAGCUGUGGACAUCACUGUAAUGGCAAUUUGUAGGUUAGUUGCAGGUGUGAAGUGCGUGAAGCAGCUGGGCAGGUCCAAAUGUCUUCAGUUUAACUUUUCAAAAAAAAAAUUCUAGUUUUCGUCUGGGAAAUGUCUUUGUUAGCUGGAGGGAGCAAAAAAGGAGUUUGUCCUGCCAAUGGACUGAUUUAUAAUAAAAACAGAACAUUCUGAAUCACUGAAUGGGUCAGGCAGCAUUUCUAUAACGAGAAAGGGUUAACGUUUCAGAUCCUGGACUUCCCAUCAAAACUGACUCGCAAAGCUCCUGAUGUUAUCAAACACAGGCUUCUCUGGUUAACCUCGAAAUGUGCACACUUUGGUGGCUGAGGUGGGCAUGCCUGGGGGAGCGGGCUUUUUGAUGUGAUUGCCAAGUAUGUGUUAGACCAGCUAUUUGCAGGCAGAAUUGGGAAACGUAGCCCUGUGACCAAGUGUUGCUGUUCUCCGAGGUGCUCUCACUCGAUGUCCAUGUGCUGCUCGUUAUGGAUGGUGUUUUCACGUGCAGCUCCCUCUUGCCGUCACUGAAGGGAGUGCAAGGAAACAUUCUGUGGAGCUAGUUCAACCUUUGUUCAGACCUUACUCUGACAGUAGCAGGUUAAAGAAUCCUAUUCCCGCUGAAUUUGAUCAAGGUUUUGAAUGAACACAGCGACUGAGCCCUCACUGCCUUCCCGGGUACAAAAUUCUGACGAUUCUCCACCCUCUGAAGAAACUUCUCUUUGGUUCAGUCCCAAAUGGCAUUUCCCUUGUUCUGAGACCGACUCCUGGACCUAAGUUUCUCAGCCAGGGAAACAUCGCCCCUGCAUCCAGCCUGUCGACCCCGUUAUGUUUCUAUCCUUCCAAGCGCUAAAGAGUAUAGACUUGGAUUACUCCAUCUCUCUUCAACGUGGCAAACUAGCCACCCCUGGAACCAGUCCAGUGAAUCUUUGGUGUACUUGCUCAAUGGCAAGUAGGUCUUUUCUUAGGCAAUGAGAUCAAAACUGUAUACAGUAUGCCAGGUACGGCCUCAACAGGGAGUUCAUCCUCUCUGAAUAGUAUUGUGAAGUCUUCAGCAUGGAAUCAAGGGGUAGAGGGAGCCUUGGUUUAACAUCUUGCUGGAAUGACUGUACCUCCCUCAACAAAGAUGAGGCAAGCACUGCCUCAAAGGCAAAGCUGACAUCUUAUUUACAAGUUGUCUUGUGAUUAUAUUACUGCCAGCUUUGGCUUUUAUUACAUAGCUACUUUUUUCCAAUUGGAUUUGGUUUCAUUUUUUUUGUGACCCAGAUUAAUUUGCUCGGUGCCAACCAUAAAACUUCUUCUAAAUGAACUCUGUUGGGCUGUUUUACUGGGAAAUCCUGGUUACUUUUACCUCCAGACACAGUACAGACUAGGGAGCUAUUCUCUUUUGAACUUUUCUGUGAAGAUCAAUGUAUUGAUAUGUAUCUGACUAUAUGUAAGAGUCUGGUUUUGCAUGACUUUUGAUUAAA